AUGGCAAUUUUACCACCUGUAAACUUAUGCAACGUCGAGGAUUACAAGAGCAAGUAUUUGUACGGAUCUACAGUUGCUUGUCUUCUUCUGUUGUCCUAUGCCUACACGACCUAUGGAAAGAUCGUUUAUGUAAGGAAAACCAUGACGAUAACCGGAUUCCUGAUUGACGUUGGAUCGGAUUUAACCUUGAUCCUGGCCAACCUCAUAUCUAUUGUGGGUAUCAACUUGAUGAACGGAAAUACAGUCAGCAUCUUCUUAACUAACAUGAAGAAAAUAGACUACGAGUUGCAGUAUCUACCUAGUGAAUCUAAGCAUCUCAACAUGAGGUUUGUAAUGGAAAUGAUACUAAUUCACAUCUACAUGAUUAUCUUCUUUACGUAUAAUCUAUGCAUGUGGAUGAGCACCUUGGGAAUGGAUAUCUACAAGUUCUUCUUUCUGAAAGACUUCCAGAACUAUUACAUAAUCGUGCUGACAAUGCUUUUGAGGAAUUACGCAUACGCCAUCAAGUACAGGAUGGAAGUACUGAAUGGGAUCUUGGCGAGAGGAGAAUGGACGCAGACUAAUAAAAUUUUGGUCGCUAAUUAUUCAGCUAAAUUAAAGACGAAACAGAAUUGGACUUUGAAGAAGAUCACCAAGCAGUUCACAAAUCUGACAAAUCUGAUUGAUCUGUACAACAAAAUUUUCGGUUGGCAAUUUGUUAGUCUUUACAUAGUCAUAGUGUUCAACCUAUUGCUUCCUAUUAACUUAGCCUUGAUCUAUGGAUCAGGAGAAAAGGACAUCGACGGAUUUAAAUAUGGAUCUGAACUGGUUAUUGUUUGCAUAAUGUGGGCGUCUUUACCAAUUAUCACCGGAUUUGCUAUUUUCUCUGCUUGUAAUCAUGCAACUGAAGAAAUCAAUCAAACUUCAGUGAUCUCCUAUAAUCUUAUCCAAGAGCUUGGAGAAGCUCCCAACGAUUUAUAUUACAAGCAGGAAUUACAAGAACUGGCACUAUUAGCUAUCAAUAAAUGUCCAACAUUCUCAGCAGCUGGAUAA